GGCGGGGCCGAGCUGGAGCUGGAGUCUGAGCCGGCGGUUGCAGUGGAGGCGGUGAUGUCGGUGCAGGUCGUGUCGGCAGCGGCUGCCUCGAAGGUGCCUGAGGUGGAGCUGAAGGACCUGAGCCCUUCCGAGGCGGAGGCGCAGCUGGGACUGAGCACGGCGGCUGUGAGCGCCAUGGCCCCUCCAGCAGGCGGUGGGGACCCUGAGGCUCCAGCUCCCGCGGCGGAGCGGCCCCCGGCCCCUGGCCCGGGAUCGGGGCCCGCCGCGGCUCUCAGCCCCGCCGCUGGGAAAGUGCCUCAGGCGUCGGCCAUGAAGCGGAGCGACCCUCAUCACCAGCAUCAGAGACACCGCGACGGCGGCGAGGCCCUGGUCAGCCCCGACGGCACCGUCACCGAGGCGCCGCGUACAGUCAAGAAGCAGAUCCAAUUCGCUGACCAGAAGCAAGAAUUCAAUAAACGUCCCACCAAAAUUGGACGUCGCUCUCUGUCUCGCUCCAUUUCUCAGUCAUCUACUGACAGCUACAGCUCAGCGGCUUCAUAUACAGAUAGCUCAGAUGAUGAGACCUCCCCCAGGGACAAGCAGCAAAAGAAUUCCAAGGGGAGCAGUGACUUCUGUGUCAAGAACAUCAAACAGGCGGAGUUUGGACGAAGAGAAAUUGAAAUUGCUGAACAAGAAAUGCCGGCGCUGAUGGCUUUGAGGAAGAGAGCCCAAGGAGAAAAACCCUUGGCCGGAGCCAAAAUUGUGGGUUGUACACACAUCACUGCUCAGACUGCUGUGCUUAUGGAAACUCUGGGUGCCCUGGGGGCACAGUGUCGAUGGGCUGCCUGCAACAUCUAUUCCACUCUCAAUGAAGUGGCUGCUGCUCUAGCAGAAAGUGGAUUUCCUGUGUUUGCCUGGAAAGGAGAGUCAGAAGAUGACUUUUGGUGGUGCAUUGAUAGAUGUGUGAAUGUGGAGGGCUGGCAGCCAAACAUGAUCUUGGAUGAUGGAGGAGAUCUUACUCACUGGAUUUAUAAGAAGUAUCCCAACAUGUUCAAGAAAAUCAAGGGCAUAGUAGAGGAGAGUGUUACUGGAGUCCAUAGGCUGUACCAGCUAUCCAAAGCUGGGAAGCUAUGUGUCCCAGCCAUGAAUGUCAAUGACUCAGUUACCAAACAGAAAUUUGACAACCUCUACUGUUGCCGUGAAUCAAUUCUUGAUGGACUUAAAAGGACAACAGACAUGAUGUUCGGUGGAAAGCAGGUGGUGGUCUGUGGCUACGGAGAGGUGGGGAAGGGGUGCUGCGCUGCCUUAAAAGCUAUGGGGUCCAUUGUGUAUGUAACUGAGAUUGACCCCAUCUGUGCUCUUCAAGCCUGCAUGGAUGGAUUUCGACUGGUGAAAUUAAAUGAGGUCAUCCGACAAGUGGACAUUGUUAUUACCUGUACAGGUAACAAGAAUGUGGUAACCAGAGAGCAUUUGGACCGUAUGAAAAAUAGCUGCAUCGUUUGCAACAUGGGACAUUCGAACACGGAGAUUGACGUGGCGAGUCUUCGGACACCAGAACUGACCUGGGAGCGAGUGAGAUCCCAAGUUGACCAUGUAAUAUGGCCCGAUGGCAAGAGGAUAGUAUUGCUGGCAGAGGGCCGUCUGCUGAACCUAAGCUGCUCCACAGUGCCUACAUUUGUGCUCUCCAUCACCGCUACUACUCAGGCUCUUGCCUUGAUAGAGCUCUACAAUGCUCCUGAGGGUCGCUAUAAGCAGGAUGUCUACCUGCUGCCCAAGAAAAUGGAUGAGUACGUGGCCAGCCUACACCUGCCCACCUUUGAUGCUCACCUGACCGAGCUGACAGAUGAGCAGGCCAAAUAUCUGGGACUCAACAAGAAUGGGCCCUUCAAGCCCAAUUACUACAGGUAUUAAGUUCCUGUAACUCAAGCCAGAAGAAAUUUUAAGGAAUAAAACUCCCAGUCUUUUCUCCACUCCUAUAUGGGAAAGAACCCAGCAAGCUGCUUCUCCAAUCAGCUGCCCGCCGUGCUCACCCUAUAUGUUAGGUUAUUUAUUUAUUAAAAUCUAGACUCCUGUGCCUGUCGCCUUGGCCCAGAGUGUGGUUGCUGCCCCGUGGGCUGGGAGAGCUGCAGAGGACUGGCUGAGGAGGAGAAGACAUGGGGUUCCCAGUGCAUCUUUCGCCUCAUUCCCCAUUGGCUGGAUCCUCGGCACUGGUCAUUGUUCUCUUAUCCAGGCUCAGGAGUUAGCCCAGGGAUUCCAGACUCCUUGGUCUUUGGGUUUUCUGGAAUCAGUUUUUAGCAGCUGCCUUUCUCAGCUUUGGCCCUUCCCCAGGUGAGGCCUCUUGGAAGCCGCUGAAUUAACAGGGCCUGGGUUCCCGGCCUCGACCAUCACUGUCACUGCCUUCUUUAUGAAACGGCUGGGCAGGAGGGAGUGCUGUGGCCUUGGCGAGCUGCGCCAAGGACCCAGCUGUGCCUGUGCUUCCCGGGAGUCUCCUUCCUUGCCCAGGACUCCUUUCUUCUCCUUAAAGAUUUAUGUCCAUUUUUACACUUUCAUGUUCCAAGAGGAGUGUGCCUCUGUUACUUUCCUCAGCUGCUCUGAUGUUUGUCAGAUGUUUGUUUUGCUGUCUUUCUAACCCAACUAGCCUCUGCUCAGGAAGUCCGGGCUGGCCCCGUGGGGCCCAUACUUUGACUUCCUUGUCAUUUAAGUAGAUAGUUUGCCAGGAAGCUCCCUCCAGAUCAGCACUGUCUCAGAAAAGGGAGGCUUAUUGUGAAAUGCAGCUUCCUCCUGUUACCUAAAACGCCUUCUGAAACUGAGCAGGAAAAGGCUUGCUUUCCAAGGGAUGCGGGAGACCAGGGCUUCGGAAAUGCAGCAGGCCUUUCAGGCCCACAGCUCAGCACCCUAAGGAAGCGAAAUAUAUCUGUCUCCUGGGAAGGGGUUUGCAGCUUAACUGGCUAAGCUAUGCAGAGAUGACACUGUAAACUGAAUCCAGAUGAUCAGAGCUAGUUUGAACCCCAUCAGACAUUCUUCCCUUUGGCCAUUGCCACUGAUGGAACUGAGAUCUAAUGUCUCUGCAAUUUGGUCUGUGGUCUUUCUUCUUUGCUAGGAUGUCUUUUUAUGUUCUGGCCUUGUCCAUCUUAGGAUUCUGUACUGCAGAGGUGGUUUCUUGAGUGAUUCCAAUAUUAUAAAAAAUUUGCAAUAUAAGCAGCCUGAAAUUUUGUGUCCCACAUAAGAGUUGGGUUCCUUUUGGAGACUGCCCUAUUUGGUCUUAAGGGUUCCACUGGGACCAGACUGGUUUUAAGAAAGUCUGGAAUGGCCCUAGGAAUUUUGAAUGCAAUGAGUCCAUUCUGCCCCCUGCUAAACUUAUUUAACACUCUCGCUCUUGUCUAUUUGUUUUUCCCUUUUUUCUCUCAAAGUCUCAAGACCAAGGUCACUCAAGGAAACACAAGACCACCCAGGGUCAUUACAACCUAAUUCUGCUCCCUAUUUUCUACCUUCUCCAACUUCCCCUGGUCUUCACAUAUGCCCUAAGAGCUGAUCUGGAAGUGACUUUCCUUUUGGAGAAAGGGAGGUGAACCUUAAGGUAAAUAGCUAUUUGCCUCAUUUAAAUAGUACGAGAGCUCAGGCCAUAGAGGCUGCUUCCACAGAGACCAUAUAUCUCAGCACAUAUGUGGCUAUAUUCUUUUAUGAAGAUCCAUAAAUGCUGAAAAUUCCACUAGUUCUUCCUUUUGCCUACCCAGUUCUGAUUUAUUAUUAUUAAUUAAUUGGAUCCCUUUAGCAGAAGACUCGGCAGAUGAGAUCUGUGUCUCAUCUUAUAUCCAGAGCAUAUUCCAUUAGACAAGUAUCUGGACUCUAGCCUAUUAUAUUCUUAAGCCAGAAAUCAUAACCUGUUUCUCAGCAAAGACUGGCUGCCUGUGGAGUUACUAUGUGCUGGUCCUGAUUGCAUACUCCGUCUGCCUUGUGACUGCAAAGAGACCCAUUCCAAAUGAAAAAGGAGCCCCACUGGGCUUCGAGGUUAGGUUGCCAGUGUUGCUCCCCAUGGUGAGGUAUUUGCCUCUAAGUUUCAGGUGACCACUCUUCCUUCCUUUCUGGGACCCUGUGUCAUGACCUUUAAGGAAAAGGAGGUCUAGGCCUCCUGAGUAUUCAGGUUCUGCCUUGGUGUUGGAAUAUGGUCAGUAUUCUUUCUGCCUUGUAAUCAGAACAAAUGUAUCUUCUUCCCUCAAGCCCUCACCUUAGAUGUAUCCUAGGAAUCUCGAAGCAUGGGAAAGAAGACUAAUUAUCUCUUUAUAUGUGGCCCUGGCUUGUGGGGAUACUUACCAUUUUCUUUGCAAUGAAUUUGUGUUAGUUUUCAUGGUCUUUUUUGCCUUCUGAUGAAAUGUUCAGUUUUCUUUUUCUCGUUUAAGGAAAAAAAAAAAAGGUAUCUGGUCCACCUUCCCUCAGCCCUCCUACCUCCUCAUCCUCCCCUCCUGAAUGAGCACGGCUCCCUAUGGCCACAUACUCCUGCAAAGCUUUUCUGCUGCUUGGCUUUUCUCUGAACAGAUCUGAAAUUGCUGCUCCUGUGGUUUUCUCAAAAUUAACUUUGUCAUGGUUUUAAAAGAGAAAUCAAAAUGCGUUGUCGCAUUAAGCUUUUUAAUAAAGGAAAAGUACCGAAAGAAAAUAGGCAACACCAGCAAAUUAUAUGUGGACAAGUUCUAAACUAUAUAUACAUACGUAAUACAUAUAUAUAUAAAUAAUCAUCUAGUUCUCAUUGUCAUCUUACUGAAAGGAAAUAAAACCUCCAAGGACCACCAUUUCUGAGAGGCUCUUGGAAAUCUUUAUGUCUAAGUGAUUGUAUUAGAUCAGCAAUAAUGAAUAUGUAAUCUCAAAAGAUAAAUAAAAUAUUCUUAAAAUGGA